GGGAGUACAACCCACGCGUGAUUGAAAGAUACUUACAGAACUCGAUUGGUUUUUUUUUUUCUUCUUUUCUGCGGAAAUGGACAAACUUCAGGACGCGAACGCGAGCGCGCCGAACGGCAGCUUGAACAGACGCGCGUUUCUGGAGAAAGCCGCUUACCAGCACCUGCAGCAGGCCGACCUGAAGGUUCUGGUGCCGGUCGGGCUGGGCGUCAUCUCCGUGCUGGGCUUCAUCGCGAACGCCACCGCGGUGGGAGUUCUGGUGGGCAACGCGCGCAAAAGCAAGCUGUCGCUGAUCAACGCGCUCAUCCUCAACCUGCUGCUGGCGGACGCGCUGCUGCUGGCUCUCGCCGUCCCGUUUAAAGCCACGGCGUACUCGCGCGAAGCCUGGACUCUGGGCUUAGUCGUGUGCAAAACGGGCGACUGGUUCGUGCACGCGUGCAUGGCGGCCAAGAGCCUCACCGUGGCCAUCAUGGCGAAGGCGUGCUACAGGUACGUGAGCAACCCGACCAAGCAGGUGACGAUCCGCCUCAAGACCAUCGUGGUGGUGCUGCUGUUCACGUGGCUCCUGGCGUGCGUCCUCCCGCUGCCCCACUGGCUCUUCACGUCGCUGGAGAAGGAAGACGGAGGGAUGCUGUGCGUGCUCGAGGUGCCGCAGGAAGCGCGGGAGUUCAUGUCCGUGUACGUCAAGGCGUAUCCUCUGCUCGCCUUUUGCGCGCCGCUCAGCUUCGCGCUGCUUUACUUCUGGCGCGCGCACGGCCGGUGCCAGCGCCGCUGCAGCAAGACGCAGAACCUGAGGGCGCAGAUCCGCUCGCGCAAGCUCACCCUGAUGCUGUUCGGACUGGCCGUAACCAUGGCGACGAUGUGGCUGCCGCACUGGGUGGCCUGGGUGUGGAUGCGGCACGCGGCGGACAGCGACGGCCCGGUUCCCCCUGUGCUGUUCGCCGUGGCCGCGCAGUUCAUCAUGUUUUCCAUCUCUCUAGCCAACCCGCUCAUAGUGCUCGCGCUGUCCGAGGAAUUCCGCGAGGGCUACAAGGGACUUUGGCGGCGUCUCACGCUGCGCAAACACGCGCCCAAGCAGCAACCCAAACCCGGGCCGCACGCGCCCACCGCGCCCAGGUCACCCACCCCGCGACCCGAGGCUUCCGCGCACCUUCCCCCGAGGAAUACCGACGAGUCCCGAGCGGACAAACAGCAGCAGCAGCAGCAGGAUGAGGAAGAGGGGACAGGGGAGAGUCCCGGAAACGGCAAUAAGGAUGGCGUGGUGCCUCCAGAUGUGGAGCAGUUCUGGCACGAGCGCGAGGGUGGCUCGAUGUCCCAUGAGAACGACCCCGUGCCCUGGGAACACCAGGACCCUAAAGAGGGCAAGCAGUAGACUAAGACACGACCUAAGAGCCAACAGAUAUUCAACUCUCACAUUCACACCAGGAAGCUCAGAGGCUACAACCAAGUGACCUCACAUGAGCUCCACAUCAAAUAGGACACAGCGCGGUAGCAGGGUGUCCCAAAAGUCUCCAUGCACACUUUGGGGAAAUAAACACAAUAAAGCAAUUACAUGCAGAACAGCAGACAGAUGACUCUGUGUGAGUGUGUGUUUAUACAAAGAAAUAGCAAUUAUGUCAGGAUGCUUUGCAAAUUAAAUUACAAUCAAAUUUUUUUUUUUUUUAAUGAUACUUUCCUUACAUUUAUGGAGACUUUUGGGACUUGCAUAUAGUGUGAAUGCAAGUCGAUAUACAGUGCAUUAAUAUACACUUCCACCAGCAAACUUUCAAGGCCUCUUAUUGGUAUCAGAAUUCCAUUCAUGGUUCAAGUUUCACCACUGAGAAGAGAUGAAGAUCCCAUUCAAUGAAAAAAAACCCCUACCAGUACCAUUAAUGGACUAGAUUAUUGAAUCACGUUACUAUUUAUUGUAAAGACAGUGCUUUGGUUUAUUGGCUGUGAUUACUCCUGUAGAGAA